GGGCGUGGCUACAGGUGGGCGGGUAGCGCUGAGCUUGCGUAGUGACGUCACCGCCGUUGUCACGCCCGUUCCUGACGUGCUCGGGGCAUUUCGCGGUUGCCGCAACUGUGCUCUGUUGAGUCAGCGGUGACAGGGCGCUGGGGGAGGCGGAGAGUAACCCGAUAGAGCGCGCAAUCUACCACCGCCCAAGCCGACCACCAUCGCGCGGCCUCGUUUAGCACUAAGCCGGCCCUGCUGUUCCGUCUUCGCGGGCCCUGUGCACCGCUCCACACCGAAGGCCUUCACCUUUCCCAGCUUUUUUUUUUUUCUCCGAGAAUCGUCUGGCAGUUGUGAGGUGCAUGGCUGCAGCCGGCGGGGCCAUAAUGCCCAAGCACGAACAGAUCCUCAUCCUUGACCCGCCCAACGAGCUCAAAUUCAGAGGUCCGUUUACGGAUGUUGUCACCACAAAUCUCAAGCUUCGAAAUCCAUCAGAAAGAAAAGUGUGUUUCAAGGUGAAAACUACAGCCCCCCGACGUUACUGUGUGCGACCAAACAGCGGUACAAUAGACCCUGGGGCUACAGUAACAGUCUCUGUAAUGCUACAGCCCUUCGACUAUGACCCAAAUGAAAAGAGUAAACAUAAGUUCAUGGUACAAACAAUAUUUGCACCGUCAAAUAUAUCAGAUAUGGAAGCCGUGUGGAAAGACGCAAAGCCUGAUGAUCUCAUGGAUUCAAAAUUAAGAUGCGUGUUUGACAUGCCACACGAACAUGAGAAGUCGACACAUGAAUCUACUAAACUCUUCACCUGUCUGCCCGGAUCAAAAGGCAGUGCUUCCAUGGAUGAUACUGAAACACGGAAGCUAGUGGAGGAAUGUAAGAGACUUCAGUCUGAAAUAAUAAAGCUGUCAGAUGAAAAUCAAGUCCUGAAAGAUGAAAGCAUUAAGAUAAGGAAGGUCGUUACAGAGAAGUCGUCUAAAGCAAUGCUGAGAGAUCAAGGCAACCCUAUCCCAUCACUUGUUGUUGUCAUUGCUGCAAUCUUCAUCGGUUUCUUUUUAGGGAAGUUCAUCUUGUAAAUUAAGGCAUGAAGUGCUCUCACUUUUCCUGUCUUUUUUUUUUUUCUCUU